UUUGAGGUCAUUCCUAUGACCUUAUUAUGGAGGACAUUUUAAGUUUUCAUCUUCGAUUGUAAAUGGGUUGGGGUUUUAAUACCUGUGGCCCGAAUGAGGCUAUGGUUGUCUCUGGUUGCUUUCAUAAAAGUCCCUUACUAGUUCCUGGUGGACGAGUAUUUGUCUGGCCAGGAAUUCAAAGAGUGGAAAGUACUUUAUUCACUCGCUUCAUUCUUUCCAAAAUGGAAACAACCCUAAAGCGAAAUCACAAAAAGCAGGCGGGUUAUGUCACAUAUAUAUUGAUGUAGACAUCUUGUAUAGACAGUUCUGUUAACUUAUUCUCAAUAGAAUUAUUUGUGUGGUACACUUAUUUUAAAAUUUAGGCAACAUGUGGCCCUCGUGUGAAUUCAUUCAUAAGGAGGGCCCUUACUGUUUACUUGCAAGUACAAAAAUCCCUAUCGAUUCAUAAUUGUCACUGCUAUGUUAUUAUAUUUUUUUGGCUAAAUAAACCUCACUCCACUUAUAGUAGGAAGCAGGUCUACCGCCUUUCCUAAGCUUUUUAUGAUUUAAUCCUACCUCUCUUAUUUCGAACCAUUUGGGUCCAAAUGAGUCUGAUUGCUUAAAUGACAUUCUGCUUAGUACGUCAAGAGAUUUUGCUGACUUACUUUGCCUUCUACUCCAAAUUUCGAGCCUCCGAAUAGCGGAUUCUGAGUCGUUGGACAUUAUAAUCAGUCAUUCUCAGCGGACAAAAAAGGGUGAGAACUUCCCUCCCUAUCAUUUGUUUCGAAAGUCAUGAAAAUAGUAAUGAACGGGUCUACUAGUGAAUCUAGUUCCAAGGUACUUUCUCACCAACCUGCCAAUCACUGAACAAUUAAUCCUUCAAUUCGGACGAAGUGUCCAUGGUCGUAUCCUUCUGUUAGACCUCAAACAGUAUAUCGUGAAGUGCCUGGCUUGGAUAUUUGGUUAAAUAUGCGUAGGAUUGUCUCAAUAACACGUUACAAACUUUUCGAGCUUGAUUUUUGUUUACUGAGCUUUCCAUAACUAGUUGAAUGGCAUAUUUUUUCACUAUCGACCCACAUCUUUUAUCCUAUCCAUCAACCAUUUACCGAAUGCUCCCUAUAAAUAUACUUUGUUUAGAUUUUGAGAGUUGAUUGAAGAUUUGAGAACUAUUAAAUGUCACUAUCCUUGAAAGCAAUUUGGACAAAAUAACCAACUGGACAACAAAUAUGCUCUCACUAAACAAAUAAUAUUAAGCGUGGAUAUUAACACUAUAUUAUUUUGUGGGCGGUUCUGCAGUCACAACCCUCGACUAAUAAAAUAACUAGAAUCUAGUCUCAAGUGUCACGUUUUUCCGUUAGCGUUUUUCAGCAAAUAUCAAGUUUUGUUGAACAGAAUUGUUAGUUCCUUGAAAUCUGUGCCUGAGUUAUUGAUGGCAGUUUAAGUUAAGAAAGUAUCAUACUUCUGUUCAGUCUUCUGUAAUAUUAAGGAAAAACACUAGUAGUAAUUGAAAGUCACCUGGAGAUGUCUCUUUCAGUGCCACUGAACCCAAUUUAUUUUUCAAGCCUUUCAAUGAAGUCGACAGAGUGCCUCCAUCAUCAGCUAUUUAUCCCUCAGGAUCUGUGCUUGAACCACUAUCUGAUACAGAAAGGGAUUCCAUAGGGGAGCAGAAGUUUGUAAGUAUUUUUGUGAUUGGUUUUUCGCGUCCUGAUAUUGGGUUCCCGAUACCAAAACGCAAAGGUAAUUUGUUAAGAUUGAGAAAGUUUUCGACUGGGUGGUAUAUCUUAACCAUAUCCCCCUUACUGACCACACUACACACACAACUUACGUAAAUCUUCAUCUAGAAACAACUGCAUUUUUGCACUCAUGUACUUCAGAAAAUAUAUAGCUAUCUCACAACAAGUUCUAAAGCAGCAGAUAAUCAAGUACGUGAACUUAGGAAUAAACCUGAAAAUGGCUACGAUGUAACGCUUAUGGUACUUAUAAUCUAACUCAGCCGAUUUCCCCGAGGUUUGUGUUGAGAAUACUGUAAUUCAAUGUAGUAUCAAAUCUUACUCUUUGAUGUAAACUUAAAACAUCAGUCUAUCAUGCUCCUUUAAGAAAGUCUGCGUGGUCAAAUUUCCUUCCUUCUAGUUUUAAAUGGGCACACACCUCCGAUAUCAAGUAGACAUUUUACUUGACUUUGGGCCGUACCCAUUGUAGGUUAGUGAUGUUAUGCGGUUUCUGAAAUUAAAGUAGAUGAAAAAAAAGAUUCAAAUGUACAUCUCAUGAAUUCAAGUUCUUACGCCUCAGUCUUUAAUCCACCACUGUAUCUCUUAUCGUUGAAUCAUGUAUGCUGGGAUAUUAUUUAAAUCCGACCUUUUCUAAUUAGUUAACUUUAUAUUGUGAUUACUAAAUAAUUUGAAUAUUGUGCAAUUGUGUUUCUGUUCACUUUUUUUCAAUAAUCAAAUGAAGGAUGCCAUUGAAUACAAUGACACUAAUCAUCGAAAGCCCUCGAAUCUACACUCAGCUUGGUGUUCCUAUCACAGUAACUGGUGUUGCACAAGUAAAAAUUAAUGGAAGUAACCAAGAAAUGUUAGCGGCUGCAUGUGAACAAUUUCUUGGCAAAUCAGAAAAUGAAAUACGUGAAAUAGCUCAAGAAACACUUGAAGGUCAUCAGCGUGCUAUUAUGGGCAAUAUGACAGUUGAAGAAAUAUACAAAGAUAGAAAAAAAUUUUCAAAAGCUGUUUUUGAAGUAGCCAGUUCGGAUUUGGUGAAUAUGGGAAUUAGUGUAGUUAGUUAUACACUAAAAGAUAUAAAAGAUGAUGAGGGCUAUUUACGUUCACUUGGUUUAGCAAGAACAGCACAAGUUAAAUGUGAUGCACGUAUCGGUGAAGCCGAGGCAAGACGUGAUGCUGGUAUUCGAGAAGCAGAAGCUGAAAAACAACGUGUUGCCGGUAAACUAUUAAAUGAUAUUGAAAUUUCUAAAUCAAAACGUGAUUUUGAAUUACAAAAUGCUGCUUACGAGAAAGAAGUACAAUCACGUAAAGCGGAAUCGGAAUUAGCCUAUGAAUUACAGGCAGCUAAAGUUAAACAACAAAUUAAGGAGGAAGAAAUGCAAAUCACUGUUCUUGAGAAAACUCAACAAAUCCAAGUAGAGGAAUUAGAAAUUGUACGACAAGAACGUCAUUUAGAUGCUACAGUACGGAAACCAGCUGAAGCUGAACGUUUUCGUUUGGAACGUCUCGCUGAAGCUGACCGGCUGCGUUUAACUGCCGAGGCGGAAGCAGAAGCUGAAGCUAUUCGGCUACGUGGUCUUGCUGAGGCGGAAGCAUUAAAAGCUAUAGCACACGCUGAGGCAGAACAAAUGGCAAAGAAAGCUGAAGCAUGGAAAAAUUAUCAGAAUGUUGCUAAAUUAGACAUGGUGUUACAAUCAUUACCAAAAAUUGCUGCCGAGAUUAGUUCACCAUUAACUAAAUGUGAUAAAGUCACUAUGAUUUGUACAGGUGAAGGGGAUAUUGGUGUUUCAAAAUUAACUGGUGAAUUAUUUACAAUUAUGAAUAGUUUACCAAAUUUAAUACAUACAAUGACUGGUUUAGAUAUUUAUAAAAAUAUUAAAACAAUUUAAUAUUGAAACAUUGAAACUAUUUCUUUAUCUAAAUGCAAUCAAUCAAGGCGCGUAAUUCAUAAUGAUUGUUAAUUAGUAGUAUUGUUGUUGUCAGUGUAAUUUCUAUUCUCCAAUUGUUUUAUGAUUUUUCUUUGUGUUUUUCUUUCUCAUUCAUAUUUUGCCUACUUAUUUAGUAGUAUAAAUCAAUUUAAUAAAAAUAUUUAACUAAGU